UCUGGUUUUUUAGGUGCGAGUAUUAGUUUAAUUAUUCGUACCGAAUUAGGAAUAGUUGGAAGGAUUAUUAUAGAUGAACAAAUUUAUAAUUCUAUAGUAACAGCUCAUGCUUUUUUAAUAAUUUUUUUUUUUGUUAUACCUGUAGCUGUAGGGGGGUUUGGUAAUUGAUUAUUACCUUUAAUAAUAAAUGUAAUAGAUAUAGCUUUUCCUCGAUUGAAUAAUUUAAGAUUUUGAUUAGUUCCUGUUGCUUUAUUGUUUAUAAGUUUAAGUUUAUUAAUUGGAUUAGGUCCUGGGACUGGGUGAACAGUUUAUCCUCCUUUGUCUAAUUCUGUUUAUCAUUUUGGAGGUUCUAUUGAUUUUGCUAUUUUUAGAUUACAUGUUGCUGGGGUUUCAUCUAUUUUAGGUGGGAUUAAUUUUAUUACGACUUGUUUAAAAGGAAAGAUUAGAUAUGUGUUAUCUUUGGAGUUUCUAACUUUAUUUAGAUGAGCAAUGGUAGUAACUAGGUUUUUACUAGUUUUAAGUUUACCUGUGUUAGCUGGUGGAAUUACUAUGUUAUUAUUAGAUCGUAAUUUUGGUUCGUCUUUUUUUGACCCUAGAGGAGGAGGGAAUCCAAUUUUAUAUCAGCAUUUAUUUUGAUUUUUUGGACAUCCUGAAGUUUAUAUUUUAAUUAUUCCUGGGUUUGGAAUAAUUUCUCAUAUUGUAAUUAGAAUCUCGAAAAAAGGAGAAAUUCCUGGAUAUCUUGGUAUAGUGUAUGCAAUGAUUUCAAUUGGUUUAUUAGGUUUUAUUGUUUGAGCACAUCAUAUAUUUACUGUAGGAUUAGAUGUAGAUACUCGUGCUUAUUUUACAGCAGCUACUAUAGCAAUUGCUGUCCCUACAGGAAUUAAGAUUUUUAGUUGAAUUGGGACUUUAUUUGGAGGUGUGUAUUCUUUUGAUUAUUUAAUAUUAUGAGUAUUAGGGUUUAUUUUUUUAUUCACUAUAGGGGGUUUAACAGGUAUUGUGUCGUCUAAUUCAAGUUUAGAUAUUGUUUUACAUGAUACUUAUUAUGUAGUAGCUCAUUUUCAUUAUGCUUCAAGAAUAGGUGCAGUAUUUAGGUUGUUAGCUGGGUUUUUUUAUUGAUUUCCUUUAUUUACAGGUGUAGCUAUACAUAGAAAGUUAUUAUUAGUUCAGUUUUUAAUUUUAUUUGUUGGUGUAAAUAUAACUUUUUUUCCUCAACAUUUUUUAGGGUUAUCGGGAAUACCUCGACGUUAUGCAGAUUAUGCUGAUAGUAUAUUAUUUUGAAAUAUUAUUUCUUCGUUAGGGGCAUUUAUUUCUUUUUUUGGGGCAGUAAUAAUUAUAUUUGUUAUU